AUGAACAACAACUACUUCACAAUUGAGCGAGUCACCGAAUUCAAUUCACGCUCACGAAAUACUUUUGGCCAAAUUUGCCAUAUACGAUUCAACCCGCUUGAAGAUCAACAGAGACCCGAUUUAGCAAUGACCGUUCUAAUAAGUCAUUUGCUAGAUCGGGUGCUCGCCGGAAGACCAGCACCCCUUCGUGUUGGUCUUCAGGUGCAUCCACCGAAUUUCCAACAUGCAUUUACAAUUCCACUUCGCCCACUGGACCAGAAUAAUCCUGCAGCCUUGGCCGCAGCGAUUGAACGACUGAACGAAAUCUCUGCCGCUGGCAUAGAUUUGUUAAGUGGAACAACAGUUACAAAAGUCGUCGCUGUUUGGCCUUUGACUGGCCAACGUACAAACAAUCCCGAUGCCCGAUCUGGUAGUUGUGAUUUGGAACUCGACCAUGUCUUAUCAUCCCGAUGCCGAUCGAUUGUGCGCGUCCACAAUCCUAACGACAGAUACUGCCUUGCUCGUGCAGUAGUUAUCGGUUUGGCAAGAAUUAGGAUGGUGGAUCAAGGCGUUGCCAACGGAGCCGCUAGAUUUAAAGAAUUUUGCCAACAACAGCAACAACAUUUAUUUCAAGCAGAAAAUUUAAUGCGAAGGGCAGGACUUGAAUUCGGACUUAUGCAAUAUUCGCUGGAACAUGUUGCAAUUUUACAACGCUGGUUAAACGAAUAUUUUGAUGAUGAAGGCUAUGUUCGUAUUGUUGUUUUUCAAAAGGAACAGCAAUAUCGAAUAGUCUACAAGGGUAAUGGCAGAGCUGCACGACAUAAUCUGUGUCUACUUCUUGAAAAUCAACAUUACCACUAUAUUGGCCGCCCUGAACAACUUUUAUCAGUACAACGCUUUUGUAUCGAUUGUGAACGGUCUUAUACACGCUGGACUCACUGGUCUGGAUGUUGUGUUGUGUGCCGGUUUUGCAUGCGGUCCGGUGUCAAUUUUCCAUGUCAGGACUGUGGAUUUGUUUUUCCUAAUCGUUCUUGUUUUGAUUACCAUUUAAUAAAUGAUGCUCCAGAAGAAUUUAUUAGGCGUGUUAGCCGUAUUUUUGUUUCCAUUUGUCAAAUGAGGCGUAUCUGUAAUAAAUGUCACCUGAUAAUAUAUCGGCAACAACAACACGAAUGCCAACAACAACAACAACAAAAUUUAAUUUGUAAAAAAUGCCGGGGUCCUCAUUUAGAGGAAUUACCUUGUUAUAUCCAGCCUUUAAGAGCUGAAGAAGAUGAAGAUUCAGAUGUUGAAGAACAACACCCACAACAACGACAAAAGAAACGAAAAUCUCCAAUUCGCUUAUGUUUCUUUGAUGCUGAAACAACCCAGGAUGAAAAUAUACAAAUUAGCUGCAAUAUUAAUGGAUAUAAACAUGUUCCAAUACUUAUAAUUGCAGAGGUAAUUUGUGAAAACUGUAUAAAAGCCGGAAUUAAUAUUGAGGAUGUGGGCCAACGUGCUGCAGGAUGCUUUUGCGGACAACCCCGAGGUGAUAGAUGGCGUAAUUGGUGUUCACCACCUUUCAAAAAUUCUAAUGGCGACAACACCUGCUUUCCAAAUAAUAUUUCAUUUAACCCACGUCGUAUGUUCUUUCAUUCCUUUGACAACGCUAAUGAAAGCCCUGUGGAUCAAUUUCUUGAUUAUCUUCUUCAACACGGUUCAAAGCAAAUGCUAACAAUUUGUAUCGCACAUAAUGGUGGCAAAUACGACUUUCACUUAGUGCUUGAGGCUUUACACAGGCGAAAUGAACCACCAUCAAGAUUAUGUACAACCGGCCUUAAAAUAUAUUCAAUGAAAUUAACUGGAAACAACAAAAGAAAAGUACUUUUCAAAGACUCGCUAAAUUACUUCAGUUGCGAGCUUGAUGCUCUAACAAAAAUUUUUUCUGUACCCGAAGAAGUAGCAACAUCUAAGCCAUUCUUUCCAUACUUAUUCAUAAAAAGACAACAUCUUCAUGAGAGAAUUCGGGGACUUCCGCCACUUCAAUACUAUCAACCAGAAUAUAAGAAUUCUGUUAAGAGAGAUGCACUUCUCGAAUGGUAUCAACAACAAUUGAAUGAUGAAACAACCAAUUUCCAACUACGCGAACAACUUAUUCUUUAUUGUGCCAAUGAUGUUGCUAUUCUCCGUGAAGGAGUUCUCCGAUUUCGACAACUUAUUGGCCAGCACGCGCAGAGGCUAGAUCCUUUCUUGGAAGCAUCAACAAUUGCUGGUUUAGCUCUUACAACUAUGCGCCGCUGCUUCCUGCCUGAAAAUUGGCUCGUCCAUUCGCCUGAGGGAGGUUAUUUGAGAGGAAGGCGUGCCUCUGCUGAAUCGCAGCGCUACAUCCGCUUAUUUGAACAACAAAAUCCUGAAGCAGCAGGAAAGGUUCAGCAUGCACAGUGGGCAAUGGGAGAAGCACAUGUGGAAGAUUGUGGGUAUAGAUUGGAUGGUCUUUGGCAGAGAUCUCCACCACAACGCCCUUUAGCAAUUGAAUACAUGGGUUGCUACUUCCACGGCUGUCCAAGAUGCUUCCCUCGUCGUGAUCAACGUUUAGCCGCUGGCCGUACUGCUGAAGAACUUUAUGAGCGGACACAACAACGUCUUUGGGAAUUGGAAAACCAGCACGGAUUUGAACUUCACGUAAUUUGGGGCCAUGAAAUGAUGGAAAAAUUAAGAAACAAUCCAAAGUUGCGCCAUCAAUGGCUUGAAAUUGAUUGUGUGCGACCUCUUGAUCCAAGAGAAGAUUGUCUUCGAGGUGGUAGGACAGAGCCGUUCAAACUUCAUCACUUUUGUGGCGAAGAUGAGGAAAUUAUCUACAUCGAUAUUGUAAGUCUCUAUCCCUAUGUGAUGAAGUCAAGGCCCUUUCCAGUUGGGCAUCCUCACGUUUUGACUCGUGAAACAUUGCUUGAUCAAUCAAACAACAACAACCCUUUGCCCUGGACAAUUCCAGAGCACAACAUCUACAAGGGUUUACUUCUUGUCAAAAUAGAACCUCCCACAUGCUUGCCUGGAAAUCUUCCACCGCUCCUACCUUAUCGAACCCAUGAUGGCCGACUCACAUUCCCACUUUGUGCAAGAUGCGCCGAUGAUAAACAACAGAGGCCUUGCACUCAUUCAAAUCGUGAGCGUUCCUGGCUGACUGGCUACACUCAUGUGGAGCUGAAUGCUGGUCUGGAACACGGCUAUAAAGUUGUGGAUAUUUACGAGGUUUGGAAUUAUGACCAAUGGGACAACAAACUAUUCCAAUCAUAUGUCAACACAUUCGUGAGGCUAAAGCAAAUGGCAAGUGGCUGGCCGGAGGGAUGUGUAACUCAAUUGAAUAAAUCUGAAUAUCUACAAGAGUAUGAACGAACUGAGGGUAUUACUUUAGAUCCAGAUCGUAUUGAGAAGAAUCCAGGUCUUCGAAUGAUUGCGAAAUUAUUGGCAAACUCUCUUUGGGGGAAACUUGCACAACGUGUUUGUGGAACCGAAGUCCGUUACGCCACAACACCCGCAGAAUUUCAUCAAUUAUUUGAGGAUCCAACAACAGAAAUGCUCGAUUUUGAUCAUGUUAGUGAGCAUUUGGAUCGAUGUGUAGUCCGGAGAAAGGCAGAAUUUGCCAAGGCACCAAAUACCAACUGUAUUCCUGUAGCAGCGUUUGUGACUUCUUAUGCUCGUUUACAUCUCUAUGAGUAUAUGAAAAAAGUUUAUGAAAUUGGUGGCCGUCUCCUGUAUUGCGACACUGAUUCCCAAAUCUAUGUUGGGAAGCUUGAUGGUCCACGUUUACCUGAAGGCGAAUCACUUGGAAAAAUGAAACGUGAAAUUCCUUCACGUCGAAUUUUGGAAUUUGUUGCUGGAGGCCCAAAGAACUAUGGCUACAGACACGUCGACACAAAUACAGGGAUGGAUGAGAGAGCAGAGCUAAAGAUCCGGUCUUUUCCUCUCUCAUAUGCUACACAUCAACUACUGAAUUUUGACAGCAUGAAGAAUAUUGUGCUUGAACAAUUUAAUGUUGAUGGAAUAAUGGAUGAAGCGCUUGCUGAUGACAUCUUCAACAGGACUGGUGGAAAUGGCAAUUCAAUAUGUGUGCAAUUGCCUCAGAUUGGCAGAACUCGAAGAUCACAGCUUUAUACGCACAUGACAACAAAGCAAUAUAGACCGUAUUAUGAAAAGGGAAGAAUAAUGCCGGGGAUGGAAACACUUCCAUUUGGAUUCAGAGAAAUUCCGAAUGAUCUUGGACAAAAACGACAAAGACAACCUGAACAACCUCAUAAUGCUGAACCGCAAACUAGACAGGUAGACGAUUCUAUUCUCAAUUUAGAAGAUGUUCCAGGUUCAUCAAACUGGACAAAUCGUGAUUAUUUAACUAGAUAUCAUCAAUAA